AUGGAUUCGUGCCACAGUUCAGUCCGUUAUGUAUCAGGUGGGAAGGAUGAUUUACUGAAGCAUUAUCAUGUUGAAUUAACAGAAAAAUGUUUAAGAACUUUUGAGAUACUGAAUUCAUUUAGCUUGCUUGACAACUACGAUGGGGUUUUACUAUUUCUAGAGUAUCAAAUAUACAAUGCAAAUUGUCAAUUAGAUAUUCCCGUUGUGCCGUUUGACGUUAUCCUUGUUCUGUUCACUUUGGUUACCAUAUCGGAGCACUACAAAGAACCCCAGCUAAGAGACAAUGAUCCGUACAAUGUCUGUCGGCAACCGUUGAACCGUAGGGCUGUGAAAAUUCUAAGAUUCUACGUCAAUCUAUUAAAAGAGUUUGAUGUUGAAGCACACGGACGGUACAACUUAGAACUGCUGAGAUGCCAAUUCUUUUUCGCAUUAGAUUGUCUCAUUCCACAUGGUCAUCAUCCAAGAAAUUGGAAUUCGAAGCUUCAAAAUCCGUACAAAUCCUACAUUAGUCUUUUAACAAAAAAAGAACAUGUUUUGAAUAACCAACUGUUGCAUUUGAAAUUGAGUAAACGAGGGGAGUUUGUCAACAUGUUACGCUGGACUCUGGCAUGUUCUCUAGAUGAACGGGUGACAUACUUUAUGUCGGCGCACGAAAUAUGGGAUCCCAUUGUGAACCUCCUUUUGGACUUGCUAGAUCUCAGGCAAAAAUAUUUUGUACUGAAUGAAAUUACAUUGUCGAAAAAAAAGAAGAGGACGUUUGUACAGCGAUUGUCAGAGAGUCCAAGUGUUAAAUUUCUGAAAAUAAUUGAUACGUUUCACUUCGGGCCUUUAUUCACAGAAUACUUAUUCACAGGUUGUAACGAUGAUAGGACAAGAAACAAAACAAUCAAACCGGUAUACAACGAUGAAACUCAACUGUCUCAGGCGUUUGUGCCGCGAUUCAAGUACCCAAAAUCGUAUAUACUGGAGAAAUCGAUGAAAUUAAGAAAAAGACUGCUUGUUGCAUGCUUCAAUUUGUUAAUUACCGUACCGAGAGGGCAUCGGUUGUGCACAAUUCAUUUAGAAACGGAUGACUUUUUGAAUAAUUUGUCGUGGGAGCUAAUUGGAUUAAAAAGCAUUGAGUAUUUUCAAGCUUUUUUUAAAACUUAUGACAGAGAAAGGGAGCUCGCAUUCAUGCCCGUCAUCAAUGAAAAGAUUAUUAACGACAUAACAGACCUCAAAUUUAAUCUAGUGGAUCAAAUUGUUUCUAUAAGGAACUUUUUGAAGGAGUGGACAUCGGUUAUCCAUUCAUAUUUGCUGCUCAAACUCCAGGAAUUGUCAAAGGCCGGCGUAGUUUUAGAAAUAUACCAGAUCCAAACCUGUCUGCUAGCAUUAUUCGAGUACUUUGAAUUUAUCCAUGAGAAGGACGGUAUUAAGAAAUCCAAAUUUGUAUGCAUACUACGGGAUAUCAUUACCGCUUGGGAUACAGCAGUUGAAAAAUCAAUAACCAAGGUCAUUUCUCCUCAAACCAAAGAAGGCUUCAUGCUUUCAAAACAUUUUAUAUAUUAUCUAUAG